AUGUUAUCAUUAAAAUAUCAUCUAUGGCAAAGAUUAUCUAUAUCUUUUCUUAAAUGUAAAAUUAAAAAGUAUGGAUAUUUGAGUAUACCAAGAUCAGGAGUAACAGUUUUAAUUCGAGGAUUUAGACAAUCCAAUAUACUUCUAUCAAAAUCUAUGAAAGUUGCAAUACUAGGUGCUAACAAUGAAACCGGAAGAUUUUUGUCCCUGUUACUUAAACGAUCCUCCCUGAUCGAUGAGAUCUCGCUAUACGAUAAGGAAACGACCGAGUAUCUCGCAUCUGAGCUCAAUCACGUUGACACGAGAUGCAAAGUCACGACGUAUCCACACAACGAGGAAUGCCUGACGCGAACGCUGCAGGAUGCAAAAGUAGUCGUAGCUGUAGCUGGAAAAAAUCUUCAAGGCGAAUCGACACCAACGGAAUUACUUGAGUCAAACGCCGAGAUCUUGUCGGAUUUACUACCGAACGUCAUUAGAAGCUGUCCUCGAGCAAUGUUAGCAAUCGCUAUGUACCCGGUUAACAGUUUAGUACCCGUGGCAGUAGAAAUGUAUAAAAAAGCUGGAAUCUAUGAAUGCAAACGUAUAUUUGGAGUGACCACUCUCGAUUGUGUAAGAGCAAAUAGUUUAGCAGCAGAAAUGAUUGGUAUAGCACCGGAAUGUGUCGUGGUACCGGUUAUUGGAGGAUGCUGUCCGUGUACUAGCAUCCCUCUCUUCUCUCAAAUGACACCACGCGUCAAUUUAUCAAUGCAAGAGAUGAAGAAUCUAACCAAUUUUGUGAGAAAAGCUGACGAAGACGUUUUAAAAGCCAAUUGUGGAUGUAACGUUUCGAUUUAUGCUUCGGCAUUUGCCACUGCUAGAUUUUGCAUUUCACUUUGCAAAUCUGUACGACAACAAAGAGGAGUAAUAGAAUGUGCUUACGUUCGUUCUUGCGUGAUACCAGAAGUUACGUACUUUGCUUCUCAACUUGAAUUAGGUCCAGACGGUAUUCAAAAGUACCUUGGCAUCCCACCUCUUAACAAAAACGAAUGUAAACUCUUGCUCGAAGCUAUACCUGUUUUAAGAGAAGCUAUUAAUCAAGGCGAGACUUUAGCUCUUGGAUCUAAAUCAAUAUCCUCAGAGAAGUGUCCCAUUUAUCCUGACGUUUGUCAUCGUGCGUUCACCCCAUCACACAUUCGUCGAAUUUAA